AUGGUGGAUUUGAAAGCUAUCAAAGGGAAGAGUGAAGCGUCUCAAAUCUUGCGCUUCUACGGCAUUGAAGGUAGAGAUCUCUCAAAGGGUAAUGUUCCUUUGACUAAGACUAAGGAAACUAGAGGUAAAUUUGGUGUUGCUUUACAUGUUGCUAACUUUACUGGUGGUGACACUUGGAUAAUUGAUUCUGGGGCGUCAGAUCAUAUGACCUAUGAUAAAUCGUUCUUUGUGUCCAUGUCAUCUUCGUCUAUCUCUCAUGUCUCAAAUGCAAAUGGUGCAUCUUUUCCAGUUUUAGGUAUUGGGUCUGUUCAGGUUACACCAUCCAUUAUAUUGCAUGAUAAGGCUAUGCCACUUUAUUGUGAUAAUAAGGCUGCUAUUGAAAUUGCUCACAAUCCUGUUCAACAUGAUCGCACAAAGCACGUGGAGGUAGAUCGACAUUUCAUUAAAGAGAAGUUGGAUGGUCAGAUUAUUUUCUUUCCUUUUGUUCCUUCUGAAGAACAAUUAGCUGAUAUCCUUACGAAAGCUCUCUUAAGUAAAGCCUUUCAUGACUCUCUUGACAAGUUGGGCAUUGGUGAUUUGUAUGCGCCAACUUAA